AUGGACGAUCGCCAGCCGCUCUUGCCGUCGUCGUCGCCGACCUUGCGCGACCGCUGGCCGGUUGCCGCCUUUCUCCUUAUCGUCAUCCUCGUUGUCUGGGGCUCGGUCAAGGAGACCAUGCUCGACGAUGCCCUCGGGCCCAACAUCCUCGUCUGGACAUCGACGUCGCCCGACGCACCGCUGCUCUCGCUCGAGGCAGCUCCAGUAAGUGUUCCAUCUGCCGCGCCGCUCGUCGUCUACCUCUCGUCGGGCGCGUCCAAGCCGUGCGCGACGCCGUCGACGUUGCAUGCUGCGUUGUGGCUGCACCUGCCCGAAGCGUCGGCGGUCGCCGAGGCGCACGUCUUCUUGCAGCAGUGGCUCGUCGCGCAUCCGCAGCGCACGCACGCACCGCUGUGGCUGGCGAGCGACGAUGCUACCCUCGCUGCGGCGCUUGGCCAUGCGAUCGUCGAUCGCAACUUUGCAGCGACGCCCCUGUUUGUGCAUCUCGAAGGCCUUAUCCUCAUGGAGGCAGCGCUCCGACCGUGGGCCUGCACCGAUGCGUCGCUUCCGUCGUCGGUGACCACGCUGCCAGCAUCUCUCGGGCCGCUUCUCGAUGCACAGCUGCGCGUGGUUUUCGCUCACGCCCGCGGCAGCAAUCGCCUCGCCGACUCCAUUCCCUGGCACGGCCAGAAGGCCUUGCAUGCACGCAAUGCCUCGUCCGAGCGUUGCCUUGCGCCAGCCUGCGCCGCGACGCUCCUUGCGUACGACAACCUGGCGUCGGUCGAGCUCCGGGACACGGUUGCGUUCCCGCCGUCGUCAGUCGUCGCCGCCGUCGUCGCCGGGGCCCUUGCCAUCGAUUAGGAUACCGCACCAAGUCUGCGAUCUCCACGAGUUUUUUUCUAUAUUAUGACGGAUGCUUUAAC